UUUGUUAAUAUGGUAUAUCAUAUUGAUUGAUUUGUGUAUAGUGACGAAUCCUUGCAUUCCUGGGAUGAAGCCCACUUGAUCAUGGUGAGUUUCUAAAAAAGUGUUAAAGUUGUCAGCUGGUAUAGUAAGUAUCUUGUCUGUUUCAUGGGGACUCCUUUGGUCAGUACCAUGUCUGUGCUGGCAAACAACUGAGGCUAAAUAAAGGAGUGUGGAAAUAUGAAUGAAAUAGUGCUAUUUACUAUCUGAGUGCAGCACACAUACCAAUGAACAGGAAGGUGAUGUGGAGAUCAGGAAGGCAUUAGUAACAAGCAAAGAUAUGAAAGGGGUUCAUCUGCAGCAAAUCAAAAGAACAUAACUGAAGUCCUCAGCCUGGUCGGAAUUGGGCCCUGAAUGGAGCCUAUAAGGUGACCAGAGAGAGUUAGACGUGCUACAAUAUGCUUCCAUAACACUCUAUACUUCUCCAAUCAUAGCACUUAUAAAAUUUUAUUGAAGAGUUUGUUAGUUUCUUGUUAUUCUUGCAGAGUUACAAGAUGUGUGAAGACAGAGAUGGCUCAUCCAUGCCUGCUCCAUAGACAAUGUGUAAUAGAUAUUUUUAAAAAUAAGUAAGUGAAUGAAUAAAUGAAUGGGGGUAAAGAUGAGGGCACAGAAGUGGAAGAGAGAGGUAGGCACCAGAGAAUGUUGCCUGGUUCCAGUGGGGUGACCUGGAUCAGCACAGGCCUGAUGCUAGCCACUCCCACACAACUCCUUUCUUUCUAAUCCACUUCUCAUUCUCUUUGGGAAGGAUUGAGGUCUCUGGAAAAUAGCCAAAAAACAAUUAAGGGAGCGGCCAGCCCAAAUUAAUGCUCAAGCCUCAGGAGUAUCUGAGCACUGAAAGCCACUUCUAUUCACGUUCUCUCAGAUCAAGGGGUGAGAAAGGGUUCCCAAAGCCAUAACUCUUUUUAGGUGGAUUUAGAAGGCAUAUAAAGGCCCCUGGCUGAGGACUUGCCUCCUCAUUCCACAACUGGUGCCAGCACUCUCAAUCCUCCACUGAGAGAAAAUGUCCAUCCAAGUCGAACAUCCUGCUGGUGGUUACAAGAAACUGUUUGAAACUGUGGAGGAACUGUCCUCACCGCUCACAGCUCAUGUUACAGGCAGGAUCCCCCUCUGGUUGACCGGCAGUCUCCUUCGAUGUGGGCCAGGACUCUUUGAAGUUGGAUCUGAGCCAUUUUACCACCUGUUUGAUGGGCAAGCUCUCCUGCACAAGUUUGACUUUAAAGAAGGACACGUCACAUACCACAGAAGGUUCAUUCGCACUGAUGCUUACGUACGGGCAAUGACUGAGAAAAGGAUCGUCAUAACAGAAUUUGGCACCUGUGCUUUCCCAGACCCCUGCAAGAAUAUAUUUUCCAGGUUUUUUUCUUACUUUCGAGGAGUGGAGGUUACUGACAAUGCCCUUGUUAAUAUCUACCCAGUGGGGGAAGAUUACUAUGCCUGCACAGAGACCAACUUCAUUACAAAGAUUAAUCCCGAAACCUUGGAGACAAUUAAGCAGGUUGAUCUUUGCAACUAUGUCUCGGUCAAUGGAGCCACUGCUCACCCCCACAUUGAAAAUGAUGGGACUGUUUACAAUAUUGGUAAUUGCUUUGGGAAAAAUUUUUCAAUUGCCUACAAUAUUGUAAAGAUCCCUCCACUACAAGCAGACAAGGAAGAUCCAAUAAGCAAGUCAGAGAUCGUUGUACAAUUCCCCUGCAGUGACCGAUUCAAGCCAUCUUAUGUACAUAGUUUUGGUUUGACUCCCAACUAUAUUGUUUUUGUGGAGACACCAGUCAAAAUUAACCUGUUCAAGUUCCUUUCUUCAUGGAGUCUUUGGGGAGCCAACUACAUGGAUUGUUUUGAGUCCAAUGAAACCAUGGGGGUUUGGCUUCAUAUUGCUGACAAGAAACGAAAAAAGUAUAUCAAUAAUAAAUACAGGACAUCUCCUUUUAACCUCUUCCAUCACAUCAAUACCUAUGAAGACAGUGAGUUUCUGGUUGUGGAUCUCUGUUGCUGGAAAGGAUUUGAAUUUGUUUAUAAUUACUUAUAUUUAGCCAAUUUACGUGAGAACUGGGAAGAGGUGAAAAGAAACGCCAGAAAGGCUCCCCAGCCUGAAGUUAGGAGAUAUGUACUUCCUUUGAAUACUGACAAGGCUGACACAGGCAAGAAUUUAGUCACACUCCCCAACACAACUGCCACUGCAAUUCUGUGCAGUGAUGAGACCAUCUGGCUGGAACCUGAAGUUCUCUUUUCAGGGCCUCGCCAAGCAUUUGAAUUUCCUCAAAUCAACUACCAGAAGUAUGGUGGGAAACCUUACACAUACGCAUAUGGACUUGGCUUGAAUCACUUUGUUCCAGACAGGCUCUGUAAGCUGAACGUCAAAACUAAAGAAACUUGGGUAUGGCAAGAGCCUGAUUCAUACCCCUCAGAACCCAUCUUUGUUUCUCACCCAGACGCCUUGGAGGAAGAUGACGGUGUAGUUCUGAGUGUGGUGGUGAGCCCUGGGGCAGGUCAAAAGCCCGCUUAUCUCCUAAUUCUGAAUGCCAAGGACCUGAGUGAAGUUGCAAGGGCUGAAGUGGAGAUUAACAUCCCUGUCACAUUUCAUGGACUGUUCAAAAAAUCCUGAGCACAUUCUAGCCUAAUAUGUUUCUGGUGACAAAACCCAGAACAACAUAGUCAGGUCUGCAGUGAAAUUCUGUUCAGUUUUAGCCUGCUGUAUAUGAGUUUUAACUUGCAGAUGCACACAAUUUUGCAGUGUUUUACAGAACGCACAGAGUUGAGUAAGCAAUUCCUUUAAAAAAAAGUGCAUAUUUAGGUAAUCAUACUUUCUCUGUGAGACAGACACAUCAUAACUAAAAACUCUUUAUAUAUUUACAAUCAAAGAGCAAAUGAAUGUGGAUUUAUUAACCUGUUUUUUAUUCCUAUUAUAAAAGUGUAUUUUAGGUACCUAUCUGCUCCAAUUAUUUUUUAACACUUAAAAGCCAGUCCUCUACACCUGAUUUGUAUGUGGCUUUGCCAAGUCAAAGCAGUAUCUUGCAAAAAGGCUUAAUUAUUAAAUGUCAAACCAAACUUUUUCUCAAACCAGGGACUAUCACCUAAGACAAUCAUUGUAAUUGUAUGCAUAUAUAUAUUAUUGUUCAAAGAUUCUCAAGUUUUAUAAACUUUAACAUUUCCAUUUAAUAUAAGCAAUUACUACUAUUUCUGAUUUUACAAUGAGGAAACCUAUCUCUAAUCCACUGAGGGCUCUCAACCAAAUAAUUUCUCAGAGAUUAAGUUAUCUAUUAAAAGCUUACAUAACAUCCAAGCAAUUACAUAUAGUAGUGACUGUAAUUUUUUUGAAAAACAGAGCAUAAAAUACUGGCAAAUAUAAUUUCUGUUUAAAAUCAGAGUAUGGGGUAAUAAUAUGUGUGUGUGGGGUUAUACUUUGUUGCCUCGUCUGCUUAAUUAUAUUUAAGCACUGUGCAAUCACCUGAAAGUAAAAAAAGAGAAAUAUUGUCAUUAACUUUCCAAUAUUAAUAUAUUUUAAGUAUUUAUGUUUUUAAAAUUAUUCUCUUCUGAGCUAGAUACUGCAAAAAAAUGAAGAUUGUCAAAAAUGUUUAUUCUAUAUCUUAAUCCUGGCAUCUAUUUUAUGCUCAAAAGUAUUACAUAUCAUUGUAUUUAAGAUGAUCAGCAUUGUGUUUGACUAAAUAAAAACAGCUUG